CGCAGACCGCACCCCGGAAGCCUGCGCGCCCAGCUCCGCGUCCCGGAAGCUCGCGCAUGCGCGCCGAAGACCCGCAGCUGUUUGGCCGUUUCCAUGGCUACGAAGAGCGUUGCCCGGGGGCCUGGAAAGGAGAAAAUGAAGCUUAAGAGCCUCCUGCUCCGGUAUUACCCGCCAGGAAUUAUGUUGGAAUAUGAAAAGAGUGGAGAAUUGAAAACCAAAUCCAUAGAUUUGCUCAACCUCAGUUCCAGCACUGAUGUCAAUGCCUUAGUAGAAGAGAUACAGAAAGCAGAGCCUCUAAUCACAGCUUCACGAUCAGAUCAAGUAAAGCUUUUAAUACAGAGAUUACAAGAUAAACUCAGACAGCACAGCAACCACAAAUUUUAUCUUUUUAAGGUUCUCAGAGCACAUAUACUGCCAUUGACUAAUGUUGCACUUAAUAAAUCAGGCUCAUGCUUUAUCACAGGAAGCUAUGAUCGGACAUGUAAAGUCUGGGACACUGCAUCUGGAGAAGAGCUUCACACCCUGGAGGGCCACAGGAAUGUGGUCUAUGCCAUAGCAUUCAACAAUCCUUACGGUGACAAAAUUGCCACUGGGUCCUUUGAUAAGACUUGUAAACUAUGGAGUGCAGAAACGGGAAAAUGUUACCAUACCUUUAGAGGUCAUACAGCAGAAAUAGUGUGUUUAUCAUUCAAUCCUCAAAGCACAUUGGUGGCUACUGGGAGCAUGGACACAACAGCCAAACUGUGGGACAUUCAGAAUGGAGAGGAAGUGUUCACUUUAACAGGACAUUCAGCUGAAAUCAUCUCUUUGUCCUUUAACACCUUGGGAAACAGAAUCAUCACGGGAUCUUUUGAUCAUACCGUUGCAGUGUGGGAAGCUGAUACCGGAAGGAAGGUGUAUACCUUAAUCGGGCAUUGUGCUGAAAUUAGCAGUGCUCUAUUCAACUGGGAUUGCUCUCUGAUAUUAACUGGCUCUAUGGACAAAACCUGCAUGCUGUGGGAUGCCACAAAUGGAAAAUGUGUGGCAACGCUAACAGGCCACGAUGACGAAAUACUAGACAGCUGUUUUGAUUACACUGGAAAACUUAUUGCAACUGCUUCAGCCGAUGGAACAGCAAGAGUUUUCAGUGCAGCCACAAGAAAAUGCAUUACCAAAUUGGAAGGCCAUGAAGGCGAAAUUUCGAAGAUUUCUUUCAACCCCCAAGGGAAUCAUCUUCUGACUGGCAGCGCUGACAAAACAGCUAGAAUCUGGGAUGCUCAGACUGGUCAAUGCCUCCAGAUUCUCGAGGGGCACACGGAUGAGAUCUUUUCAUGUGCUUUCAACUAUAAAGGCAACAUAAUCAUUACAGGUAGCAAGGAUAAUACAUGUAGGAUAUGGCGCUGACUGAAGAAAAAGGCAGUUGGUGAACAAAUUUGCUAGUAAUGGAGAUCAAGACCUGGAGCUUCACAGAGAGCAAGCAAGCUGUUUUGAUAUUUCACGUUUUCUCUCUUUCCAAAAGUCAAUAAUUUAUACACUAUCCUUAGCUUCAUGGAUAUGACCAUUAAAACUGAUAAAGUUAUAUCAUUUCUUGAUAUUAUUUGAUGGGAAUGACAGGAAAGAGCAUAAUGUUUGGCAAAUGUUACUGGUCAUUUCAAUUUUGUUUUUAUUUUUAGUAGCAUCAUGGUAGUAAUUAAGGAAACCAGAGUGAUUUAACAGUGUGUCUCCAAGAUUCUAUUUGUAGGCUAUUAUAAUUUCUGUUGAAUAAAGUUUUUGGAAGCAGUUUUUAGUGAAUUGUACAUCUAUAUAUAUGAUGUAUGUUUCUCUUGUGAUGAGAACUUUUAAAUCUACUCUUGUAGCAACUUUCAAAUAUACAAUACAGUAUUAUUAACUAGAGUCACCAUGGUGUCUAUGACAUGCUCAAGGCUUAUUUAUUUUUUAACUGGAGGUUUGUAUGUUUUGACAGCCUUCACCCAUUUUGCCCAUCCCCCCAAUGCCCUGCCUCUGGCAACCGCAAACCACCAACCUGUUCUCUGUAUCUAUGAGUUCAGUGUUUUGUUUUGUUUUGUUUUUUCUGUUUUGUUUUCUUUUCAGGUUCUGCAUAUGAGUGAGAACAUACAGUAUUUGUGUUUCUCUGUCUGACUUAGUUUGCUUAGCAAAAUGCCCUCAAGGUCCAUUCAUGUUGUUGCAAAUGGCAAGAUUUCCUUCUUCUCUAUAG